CGUUUUGACCCGGUGGCUUGAGCUACGCUCGGCACACGAGCCCGCACACCAACUUGGAAUGCCACAUUGCCUUUCUUCCUCGUGCGUGACUGCUUUUAUUCCCUUUCUUCUUCCCUUUCUUCCCACAAAGUUGCGUAGAUUUGAACCAAUCCCCUCUGCUUAAUAUCCCCUUCUCAACCCACAAAUUUCUUCCCUCGCCUCAAUUUUCUGCAAUCUCCCCAGAGAUAGAUUUUUCACACACACACAAAAAAGAAACAUUUAGAUGUGACCAUGUUUAGCUCGGAAGCAGAAAUUUCCAGAGAGACGAAGAAGUUCUCGUGUCCUGCUGACGAGAUGGUUCCGCAGGAUGAGUUGCAGAAGAUCGAGGAAAUCUUCGAAUCAGAUCAGCAGAGGGAGCUGAUGCGCUACAGUUCCGCUCCCAGCUCCUUCUUUGACGCUAUGCUGGACAUCUCCGCCGCCGUGAACGGCGGGGCGGAGAGCUUCCCGGCGAACAACGACGGCUCUUCGAGCUCAGACUCGGAGCCCAUGUUCUCGUCCAUUUUGACCUGCAUCGGGUCGGGUCACGAGCAGAGCCCGUUGAGCGGAAAUGGAAGAAAAGGCCUUGAAGUUCAUCAGGAGAUGAUGGGUUAUGGAGCUCUUGAUGAGAUCGGAUCUUAUGGUGUGGAGAUGGAGAUGCAUCUCAUCAGGCAAAGCAGCUCGCCCCCUGAUUUCUUCUCUGGGUUUGACAUGAGAGAGGCAGGAAAUGAUGAUGGCUUCAACAACAGUAGUAAUAAUAUCAGCUACUCCUCUGCUCAAUCUUGUGCUUCAAACUUCAUCAUGCCAAUCAUAGCAGAAAAUGACUCUUGGAAUGAUUCUUCUUACAAUUGCUUAAAGAGGACCAGAAAUGGUGACUUCAAAAUGUUAUCAGCUCUCAAUAAUGUUAUGGAAGCUCAGAAUGAGAGUGAGAAAGGUGAACAAAGAAACUGUGAAGCACCUGGUUUAGUUCACCAAAUGAGCUUGCCCGGUACCUCUGCUGAGAUGGAGACAUAUUUGCAGUUUCAACAAGGCGCUGUUCCGUGUAAAACCCGCGCUAAAAGAGGGUGUGCCACUCACCCAAGAAGCAUUGCUGAGAGGAAGAGACGCACUCGGAUUAGCGAAAGAAUGAAGAAAUUGCAAGAGCUAAUUCCCAAGUUUGACAAGCAAACAAGCACAGCUGAUAUGUUGGACUGGGCAGUUGAGCACAUUAAAGAACUCCAGACACAAGUCCAGAUACUCAGAGAUAACAAGGCAAAAUGCACUUGUUCCAGUAAAGCUCAACUGCAUUGAAAUGGUAAAAAGACUGAAUUUUGCUGUACAGGAGAUAAAAAAGUAGGUGUAGAAUGAAGGGAGAAGAGAAGAUGUAGUUAGUUUCUGUAACAAUGUAUUUUCAAGAUCUGUUAGUGUGUAAUUGUGUAUUUAAUCUCUUCAAUAAUAGUGCGCGCAAUCU